AUGAUCGAGAGGUCCAUCACAACCGACUGCAUCACACUCGGCAAUUCGAUCGCCAAGGCUAAUCUCAUACUUUCUGGAUUUGUCCGUGACAUUCGCGAGGCUCGUUCGGACGUCGACGCCGUCUCGCGUGAGCUAUACUCGCUACAAAGCGUUCUAGACCUCCUGAGAGAGGACGCCGGCCUAUUCCCUCUCGAGUUGGCAGAGCGCAUUCCUGCUGUACUCGAGCAUUGCUCCGGCUUGGUGAACCAGCUAGAUGUGGGCAUAUCUUCGCUUAGCAGUAGCGAUCUGCUGAAGGAGGACAAGCGAUCCCAGUGGCUGUCGAUAGGCAGAAGAGAGAUUUCCAAGUUCAAGACAGCCUUAGAAGCGCACAAGGGCAUCAUAGGGCUGGCAUUAGACUUGGUCGGAGCGACGACGAUACGAGAUGCUACAUCACAUGUAGUGCCUCGUAAGCGAGAGACGAUACAGAGGCGUCAGAAUAGCGUUGACAUCGUGGAAGAUGUGUCCCGAGUGCUGGUGGAGAUGGACCGGCUUCGGCUGCGCUUGCCAGGGGAAUUCGAAAAGAAGGAAACGGAAUUCACCCUUUACGAUUAUAUGGCCUGCCUUGUGUCCUACGCCGAGCGCAUUAUCAGUAUCAAGGAAAGCGAGCACGAGGCUCGGCAGCGUGGUGCGAUUCACCAAGGUGCCCGGCGAAGUAUCGAUCAGGGCGCGUUCGUGGGAGAAGACGAGCUAUUCGGAGCAUACGUUGGCGACAAACCGGAUAGCGCGAUUGAUGUCAGCGACGAGCCCAUAUACAAGACGAUCAGGGACGCGAUGAGGACAGACGAUGAUAGUUCGUUAGAGGAAAGCAUAUCGGAAGAGAGCAUACCGGAGGAGAGGAUACCGACCAUCGAGGAGUUGAUGGCCACUUUCGACGGCAUCCCUAGUCGAGCACCGACGCCGCCGCCAAAGGAUGCCAAGAGACUCGAGACUGCUCGGAGUUACAUGGUCCCACCAUUUGAGGCGGUACCGGACUCCCCGACUGUCCCGUAUGGCGUCGUCGCCGAGACCGGCUCCCCGUACCAGCGAACGGAAUCACCGUCUUCUUUCACGAGGGGCGCCAAGGGUCUCGGGAAACUUCUCGCGCCCAUCAAGAACGCAAUCUCAGACAACCGGCCCCAGACGCGGUCGACGAGCUCGUCGGCGGAGGCGGAUUCGCCGACCGUACCGCCGAUGAUCCAGGCGAGCCUGGUAAGGAGAAGCAGCCACCGGCUCUCCGUGUCCUUCAAGAGACUGCCGCUCUGGAGUCCAGAUUUGAUCGUUGGCGAGCUCGACGGCCCUCAGUCGAAGCCCAACCCGAUCUUCGGCGUUCCACUGCAGAAGAGUAUGCAGGUGGCUAAGGGGAGCUCGAAAACGCACCACACCGGUAACGGGGGCUCAUCGCGGCGAGACUUCCCGCUCUGCAUGCAAAAGUGCUGCUUCUUCGUUAAGAACGAGGGGGUCGAGGCGCCGGACAUCUUCGCGGAACCGGGCGACGGGUACCGGGUGCAGAAGUUGAAGGAGUUGUUCAGCGCCGCGCCCACGUUUGGCGAAGAUAUCGACUGGAAGGACUUUAGCGUCUACGACGCGGCGGACCUCAUGCUUCUCUUCCUGUCGGAGCUGCCGAAGCCGCUGGUCCCCGAGCCGCUGGCGAAGCGGUGGAUCUCGCUGUCGCGGCAGUUGACGCUCGGCGGCUCGCACGGCACCCGGCUCGACCAGUGCAUCGACUUCUGGGAGGAGGCGCUGGGCGGUCUGCGCGGCCCCGACCGCAGCCUGUUCAAGCUGCUGCUCAACCUGUGGGCCGACAUUGCCGUCGCCGAGGACAAGAACGACAUGACCGCCGAGCGGCUCGCCGCCGCCGUCAUCAAACCUCUCAUGCAAAUAUCGUCGGGCAAGUACAAGACAGACUACAUGCUAUCACUCGCCUUCCUCAUCCGCAAGAGGGUAGAGUACAUCGACCUGCUGAAGAAGGAUCAGAGCGACAUCCGGCGGAUCAGCCGGGCAGCGUGGUGA